CCCAAUAUGGCAGUAACUUCAACAUUCUCCUCUUCCGAUACCCUGCAUACCAUCUCUCUCCUGCCACUCGCGACUUUUCUUAAGAGUCUCACUUCCGCAGAGAACAUAGCCCGGCUGCAAGAUGUUCUCGUCAAAUACCGCUCUCCAGAAAGCUGGGAGAGAGUUGAUGAGCGAAUGAUCUCGAGCGGCGAUCUUCCUCCACCAGGAUAUACAUCAAAGCCGAAGGACGAUCUAUCAGAUGAAUAUAUCGAUGAUAUCAAAGCUCGAAACCAAAGUCAAGAUAGAAAACCAGAUCGAGGUGAAGAUGAAGAUGAAAAUGAAGUGUUGGAAGAAGGAAUGGAAUGGGACCAUGAUCAUGAUAUAUUAUACCCCUCACCGCCAAAGAGAUAUAUCCAAGAAAUUCGCAUAGACCUCCGGACACUUCAUCCAAGGGCAAUAUUUGCACUAGAGUCCUGGCGACGUGAAACAUUGGGUAUGGAACAGCUUGUGAUGGAAUCGAUGGAAUCAAAAGCGUUCGCAGCUGGCCUCGAUGCUGGUGCUGGUGAGAAAAAUGAAGGAGGUUAUUUUUCUCUAGGAGUAUCCUCCUCGCCAAAGCCAGUCCAGCUGAGGAGUCUAGAUAUUUGGUUUAGAGGGGAUAGAGAGGGAUCGGAAUCUACGUCCACAGACGAAAGGUCGUCAAUUGAAGUUGAGUCCAUCCCAAUUCGAGCAAAAGCAGAACCUUUCAUGGACGGGCUAUCUAUAUCAGGAUCUGCAAAACGGGCAAGGGUUCUCAAGACUUAUGGGUCUUCCAAGCGGCUUUCCUCAUCGUCUUUAUCUCAUCCCGAUUUCGCAACUCGCUUCGCCUCAUUAUCGCCCAUCCUUGCUACUUCUUCCAGUCCCUUAUUGUCUCCAACUCCAUCCGAGGCGGAGAAAGGAAAAACCGAGGACAGAGAAAGUGUCAGUGGUGAGAGAUUAGAGGCUGUUAGUGCCUCUAAAGCUGUUUCAGAGCAGAGAAGCUUGUCGAAGAAGAGGAAGAGGGGAAGACCGCGAAAGAAGGCUGAGCGACCUGGUCGGCCGGUACAAACGUCCGCGCAGUUAGGGGAGGAAAUAUCUGCCACGAAGAGCGAUGGGGUUGAGGAAGAAGAGGAGGAUAAGAGUUUUAUUGAGCAUGAUGCAGGGGAAGAGAAAGAAGGGACAAGUAGAGGUCCAUCUUCUAGGUCUUUGAGGUCCCGAAUGCUUAUAGCCUCCACUUCAAAAACACCCGAUAUCUUUGAAGGUGAAGAAGAGCUUGAAAGCUUUCCCAGCGAAGAUGAGCCGGAGAUGAAGAAACAAAGGCGGAUAUAUAGACGUAAAGAAAAAGGUGUGAAUGGCGAGGAACGGCCAAAGAAGCGUGGUCGACCACGAAAAAGACCUUUUGUUCUCGCUUCGCCUCCUCCUGCAAAUAUGUUUCUGCCGGUUAAUAGACCUGCCAAAGGCACAUUCGCCAAUCCUAUCAAAAUAUCUACACCUGCGCUACCCAUCAACAAUGGUCCUACCGCUGCUACCUUUGCUUCCUUGAAACCAAAAUCUACGUUUGACUCGAGAAACGCCUCGCCUAUCCCGUAUCUAUACGCUGCUACAUUACCAAGGAUAAGCGGGAACCCCACCCUUCCUUUCGGUUCGACUUCUUCCACAUCUUCUUCAUCUUCACCUAGACCACAACGUCCAAAGCGCAAGAAUGCGUCUGGUGUUUUGCAGGCAGCGGAAUUUGAGUCAGAUUCAGAGUUGACAGAGUUAUCAGAGAUGUCUGAACUUGAACCUCGGCCUCAAUCGCAGUUUCAGUCUCACUCUCGUUCUGGUUCUGGUUCUUGGCCCCACUCCCAGUCUCAGUCAAAAUUCCGGGCGUCAGCUUCGGCUUCAGCUUCCUCGAAGCACAAAUACAAGUUCCAAUUUGAUGGUGUGCUUCUUCCUUCUUUUUCGCGCCACGUUUGAUAAAUUUGGAGAAAAGUGAGCGGCUAAAUGUUAGGAGGGCAGAAAUGGAAGGUGUUAAUCGAUAGGCGAAGGGUAUAUUAGGUCCAGGUUGUCGCGGAUAGGGGGCACGAUCAAUUUUUUUUUUAGAAAUGGGUAGAAGAUUGAAGUUGGGGUAUGGUGCUGCAUUUUCUGUUGUUUACAACGGCCGAGAAGCGCAAGAAGCAUGAUGAAACGGUCGAGGAGGAGACUAAACAACGAGUGUAUUUCUUGGAAUGUACUCUAGUAGUAGCUUUGGUAGUACGAGUAGUAAUAACACAUCUUUGGUACAAGUCUGGGUUUUACAAGUGAAUGUGCGUCACGUCAGCUGUCAACAAGUGUAUGUACGCAGU